CAGCUGUACCUGCGAUCCAUUAUUAAACCGUCUGCAACACUACAACCAAAAAUAAAGUCCGUAUGAAGUUAGCAGCUAUAGAAGUAGCACAAUAUGUGUGCCGACGACCUCAUUAUUAGAAUUUGCCAAACAACCACCGAAUGAAGACGUGGAAAAAAAGGUAGAAUAAUUUUUGGUUCGUGCACUUGGCUCAAAGUUAAAUACAAUGAACAAAUUGCGUGUUGCGUGUCUUCAUAUAAAACGAAGCUAUUUGCAAUGCUAUAAAUGCUCUGGGACCGUGUAAAGAACUUAAUCCGUUGGUUACAUAGAAAACAACAGUAUUUUACUUCCACAAGUGACAGAUGACCAAAGGACGCUGGAGAAAUUCCUAAGCCAUGUAAUUGCCAGAUGUGCUUCUGAGAAACGGUAUGCCCCAUAUAGAAGAACGUGUUGUGAACUAUUGUAAAUGUAAAGGUAGUGUUUUGGACCAAUGCAAGAACUCUUAUGCAUAAGUAAUUUAAACAUUGAGUAAUUAAAUAUUCACUCAACGAUUUAAGGAAGUAGUCUCGGAAGUAGUAAUACAUUUUCAUGUUGUUGGCCUUUACAAAAUUAGUAGGUAAAUCUUUCUUUAAAAAAUUAAAAUUGCUAUUGUGUAGGAAGAUAUAGAUACUUUUACAAACAAUCGAGUAACGUGACGGUCAUUUCUAAACAUGGCGACCAAACGACCAAGAUCUGGACCUCGUGACCAAUGUCUUUUUAGGCUGCACACGUGCCAUGAGGCAGCUCACGCAUCGUAUGAACAUGCAGAUUUAAAAUUAGGCGCCACUAUAAUGGGAUUCGAUAAAAUCCGUGCCAUGUGAACGGGGUUUUACGUUACGAAGCAAAAGGCAACCGUAUUCGUUUAGUAACCGUGCCAUCAAAUCACGUGCGUCGAAUAUCCAUAGAACUUUAGUGAUCUGUGUUAUUAAUUAUUAAAAAAAUAAAACCUCAGAAGCGGUCAAGUGACUGAGAUUACCACUACCAGUGUACAAAGUGUAUUGAACGAUAAAACCACACUCGAUGACGAACGUAUCAAUACAAACACAUUUUACGAAUCUCGAAACGACAUUUUGUACCUACUCAAUGAAAGCUACAAGCGGCAUCCUGUUAUGCAAAUAAGAUAUCAAUAAGUAGGUACACUUGCUAGUGUAAAUCUCGCAAUGUUAUUCAACGCGUUCCUCAUUUUAAUCUUCAUUCACAAUGAAGCGCGUUCCGCGCGAAUACUUGGCAUAUUUCACGAACGAUCAUUCAGUCAUCAAAUACUAGGCAUCAAGCUGCUGUCUGCAUUAGCUGCAAAUGACCAUGACGUUACGAUGCUGACGCCAGUUGCUCCAAAAGAAGUGAAUUUUACAGUGAUCAAAUUGAACAUGGAAGGCCACGACACUGCAUCAAUGCGCAAUCUAUAUGACACCCAUACUUUUACAAUAUGGCGUAGAAUGGUCGGUACCGAUGAUUCGGGGUUGCUCUGGGCCGAAACGGUUUUAAACGAUAGCAAUCUAAAGCGUUUGUUAAAAUCAAAGCAACAGUUUGAUCUGGUACUAAUGGAACAGUUAGGCAAUCACGCCCUCAAGGGAAUCUGCUACCACUACAAAGCGAUCUGUGUAAUAUUAAGCACCAUGGGUCCCACCUGGCUAACAAACGAAAUGACGAGAAAUCCAAACGCUCCAUCACACAUGCCCGAUAUGUACGUAAACUACCCUCCUGUAAUGGGCUUCUUCCAAAGGCUACAUAACGCCUACGCUCAAUACUUACAGAAGUUGUACUUUUACACCUACACAAUCCGCAAGCACAACGAGAUUGUGCAAAAGCACUUCCCGGGUUUUCCCCACAUAAUGGAAAUUUUAUACAACGUCUCCUUGGUGUUGGUAAACUCACACGUAAGCACUUCGAAUCCGGCCUCAAAUCUUCCGAAUGUUGUGGAAGUGGGCGGUUUUCAUCUUGACCUUCCGAAGAAACUUCCGGAGCACAUAGACGCAUUUUUAAACGGCGCGGAUAAUGGCGCAGUUUACUUCAGCAUGGGUUCCAUUUUGAAUGCGCGAGAUAUGGAGAAACACAAAUUGGAGAUGAUUAUCACGGUGCUCGGUCAGUUGAAGCAAAGAGUGCUAUGGGUCGGAAAUGUAGAAAAUCACUCACAGUUACCCGAAAAUAUUCUGUCCGUAAAAUGGGCACCGCAAGUUGACGUGCUAGCUCAUCCCAAUAUACGCCUUUUCAUAUCCCAUGGAGGUCUUCUAAGUUUGACAGAAUCGGUCGCAUGCGGAGUGCCCAUCCUCGGAAUUCCGGUGCACGCGGAUCAAGGGUAUAAUUCCGCGCUCUCUGAGGCUGCCGGUUUUGGCAUUUCUCUCCCAUAUCAAUCGCUCAUCGAGGAGAAGUUUAAAGACGCGGUCCACCAAUUACUUCAAAAUCGAAGCUACACGGAGAAUGCGAAACAAAGGUCGCGAGUUUUUCAUGAUCGACCAAUGAAACCUUUGGAUUUGGCCGUUUAUUGGAUACAAUACGUGAUACGACAUAAUGGAGCGAUGCAUUUACGCAGCAGUGCCCUUCAUUUGGCGUGGUACCAAUAUUCUCUCUUAGAUGUUUUGUUUGUGGUAGUUCUCUUAGUUGCAGUUAUCUGUCUGUUAACUAAAAAGAUGUUUAACUUGUGUCUACGGAAACAACUAAAACCAAAGACAAAUAAAAUAAAGAAAGCGCAAUGAAGAAAAUAAAAAGGUUUAGUAUCGAGUAACUUGAGUUUCAGAGUGACUUGUAAUUUUCCCGCACAAUCAAUUACAAGGACUUGGGUUGAUCUGUAGAUCAAGUUUGAAUCUGUUUUUUGAUUUUUGAUAUUUAGAAACGGAUUUUAAAUUUUUGUGUCGGUUACCUCGAGAUAAAUAAA